AGAAUUGUUUUCAGACGUUACUCGUAGUCCAAAGUAUGCACAAGUGCUCAGUCCUUUACGGCUGUGUAGUGUGAUAUCUUUUUUUUCAAAUCAUAAGUAAAUCGUAGUUGAGUUUUUUUAUAUAAUAAUUUUUUACUCAAAUUUCGUUUACUUAAAAUUUUUAGUGAAUCGUUUUAGAACCAUUUAUUAACAUAUUGUUAGAGUUGGAUGAAAACGUGAAAUCACUUAAUUAUCGUAAUAUUUAAAAUAAUCCCAAAGUUUUUUAUACCCAUACAGAAAAAUGGCUUUAGAUCUACAUCGAAAAAAUGAAUUCAAGAAAUCCAAAAAAUCUUAUGACGAAAUUAUAAAGGACAUUGUGUCCGACGAUUUUCCGUUGAAUCCGUUGGAAUUGGUAGGUGAACUGAGUUUUGAUGAUCCUGCUACCUUAAAAGAAACUGACAAGCUGCCAAGAUCAGAUGUGCAGGAGUUCUACAGAGAUGCCUCUAUUUUCAUCACUGGUGGCACUGGAUUUAUGGGAAAGAUGUUGAUCGAAAAACUCAGUAGAUCCUGCCCACAUCUCAAGCAUAUCUACUUGUUGAUUAGGAAUAAGAAGGGCAAGGAUGUUAAUGAACGUAUUGAUGCCAUAUUUGAAGAUAGGUUGUUUAUGCGAUUGAAGCACGAGAGGCCAAAGUUCUAUCACAAGAUUUCUGCGAUCGCCGGCGAUGCAUCUUUGCCAGGAUUAGGCAUAUCUCCUCGUGAUAGACAAACAUUGGCUGAUAAUGUGAAUAUUGUAUUCCAUGCGGCAGCCACAAUCAGGUUCGACGAACACAUACGCACCGCAAUCAACAUCAAUGUCCUCGGUACAAGGGAAAUCAUCAACCUGGCUAAAGAAAUGACUAAUCUUAAGGCUUGUAUGUACGUGUCGACUGCAUAUGCUAAUUGUGUACAUAGUAAAAUCGAAGAAAAGUUUUACGAUGCGCCGUAUAAUUACAAUGGAGUGAUAUCCUUGGUAACUUCGGCCAACGACGAUAAAAAGUUAGAAGAUAUCACACCCAGCUUAACCGCUGGUUGGCCAAACACGUACACGUUCACGAAAGCUUUGGCCGAGGAUUUGGCCAAACACGAGGCUGUCGGGCUACCACUCGGCAUUUUCAGGCCAUCAGUCGUUAUUUCGACAUAUAAUGAACCUGUUCGUGGUUGGAUCGAUAACGUUUAUGGUCCCAUUGGUAUGAUUGUGGGAGUCGGUGCCGGAGUGCUUCACACACAUCACUGUGAUGUUACCAAGGUCGUCGACUUAGUUCCAGUAGACUUGGUUGUUAAUGCAUUGAUAUGCUCGGCUUAUAAAGUCAGCAAAACUACACCAACAAUUGAAUCAAAACCACCUAUUUUUAAUUAUGUCAGUUCUAAACAGAAUCCAAUUAGCUUAGAAAAUUUCUUCGACGUCAUCAAGAAAUACGGACUUCCUAACUGGCCUACCAUCAAUGCUGUUUGGUACUACUCAUUUGUGCCCACUAAUAAUCCAUAUCUUUACUCCUUAUUGUUCUUAUUAUUUCACACGAUACCCGGGUACUUUUUGGACUUUUUAUGCCAGAUAACCGGCAGGAAGCCAAUGCUUUCUAACAUCUAUAGAAAAAUGAAAAAAGCCAACACUGCUCUAGCGUUCUUUGCAAAUAAUCAAUGGGAAUUCAAUGACAAUAACACCAGUACACUGUGGAAGGACAUGUCCGAAUCUGAUAAAAAGAUAUUCUUCUUCGACAUAAAAGAAAUGUCUUGGGAUUACUACGCUCGAGCUUGUGCAAUCGGUCUGCGGUUGUAUUUGGUGAAAGAUGACAUACAUACAAUCAAAAAUGCAAGAAUCAAAUGGGAAAAAUUACGUAAAGCACACUUAUUAUUAAAAACCAUUUUGGCAAUAGUAUUGAUACGGAUCUGCUGGUUCAUCGUCAACAUGUGCUUUAACUAGAUGUGUGUACUUUAUUUAAGUUAACAUGUGUUUUAUAUUAAUUUCGUUUUUAAGAAAUAUUUAAUUAUUUAUGAUUUGUGAUAGAUUGUUGCACAAAUCAAACGUACAUAAUAUGGUAAAGCUUUGGGAUUAAUUUGUAAAUCAAUAUUUUGUUUACGUUAAUUUUAGUUGGUAGAUGUACUAUCCAAGACUGAACAAAUUAUGUAUCAACAUAUUGUAUAUUCGUGCUAGUUCAAUAUGUUUAUUUAAAGUAUGAAAUAAAAAAGAAGAAACUAUUAUGAUAA